AGACCUGUCACUUUUUAGCCACUGCUACACUUAUGUGCAAUCUUAGGGCUGCACAUAACACACAAUCGGCUGUGUGUCAGUGAGGUUCCUGUGCAGACGGGUGGGGGUAUUUUGAUUUUUGCAAUAUUAAUUAAGAAUGGACAGCCAGGGGAGGAAAGUGGUGGUCAGUGACAAUGGGACAGGGUUUGUCAAGUGUGGUUUUGCCGGCUCCAACUUCCCAAAGCACAUCUUCCCGGCCCUGGUGGGCCGGCCAAUCAUACGAUCAUCCGCCAGAGUGGGCAACAUCGAGAUAAAGGACCUAAUGGUGGGAGAAGAGGCCAGCGAGUGUCGCUCCAUGCUAGAGAUGUCCUACCCCAUGGAGAAUGGCAUGGUGCGCUGCUGGGAGGACAUGCUCCACCUGUGGGACUACACCUUUGGCUCAGAAUGCCUGGACAUCAACCCAAAAGAAUGCAAGAUCCUACUGACUGAGCCGCCCAUGAACCCAACCAAAAACCGCGAGAAAAUCGCUGAAAUCAUGUUUGAGAAGUACCAGUUCUACGGCAUCUACGUGGCCAUCCAGGCCGUGCUCACUCUGUACGCUCAGGGUUUGCUUACCGGUGUUGUAGUUGACUCAGGAGACGGCGUCACCCACAUCUGUCCAGUGUACGAGGGCUUCUCUUUGCCCCACCUUACACGCAGGCUGGACAUCGCAGGACGUGAUGUCACACGCUACCUCAUUAAGCUCCUGCUACUUCGCGGCUACGCCUUCAACCACACUGCUGACUUUGAGACCGUGCGCAUGCUGAAGGAGAAGCUCUGCUAUGUGGCAUACAACAUUGAGCAAGAGCAGCAUUUGGCCACAGAGACCACUUACCUGGUGGAGACAUUCACACUUCCUGAUGGCAGGCAGGUGAAGGUGGGCGGAGAACGAUUCGGGGCUCCUGAAGCUCUUUUCCAGCCUCAUCUCAUCAACGUGGAGGGAGCUGGAGUAGCCGAGCUGCUGUUUAACACCAUCCAGGCUGCAGACAUUGACCUCAGGGCCGACUUCUAUAAGCACAUUGUUCUGUCCGGGGGGACCACCAUGUACCCGGGCCUCCCAUCCAGGCUCGAGAGGGAGAUCAAGCAGCUCUACCUGGAAAGAGUGCUCAAGGGAGACACUGAGAAACUAUCAAAGUUCAAGAUCCGAAUCGAGGACCCUCCCAGGAGAAAACACAUGGUGUUCAUGGGCGGUGCUGUGCUGGCUAACAUCAUGAAAGACAAAGAAUCCUUCUGGAUGACUAGACAAGAAUACCAGGAGAAAGGCCUGGGAGUGCUGCAGAAGCUGGGAGGUGGAGUCAGAUAAAAUAAAACUGAGUUAAACAGAAUUUUAAAAACACAAAUUAAAAAUGAGGAAAAUAUGAACUAGGUUUUGUACUUUUAAAUAUUAACUCCGUACCUCUCACAGUCUCAUCUCUAUUCAAAACAGUUUUAACUGAGCAAAAUUACAAGUUUUAUCAUUAAAAACACAAUUUAGGUUUUUUCAGCUUCUACAUACUAUUCUAAAUAUAACAGUUUUUUGGACGGUGUAGGUGCUCGCUUAUCCAGGUCAUGUUCUUUGGACCGUUUGAUGAAACUUUGAUGACUAAAGUUAAAAAAUUUCAGGAAUUUAUUUGUUGCAUUAAUAGCAAGUUUAUGUUUUAUUUAACCUUUUUAAAACUAAUAGAUCUGUGCUUCAGUACUGUGCAAAAGUUUUGAGUCACCCUUCAUUUUUUUAUAUGUUACUGAAAAAAUGGAAAUAGAUCCAGCAAUGUAUUGAAACAUGUGCAAAUGUAUAUACAAACUCAGAAAAGGAGGCCAAAACAAAGUAUUAAAGUUCUAUAAGGCUUGAAAGUCAACAUUUGGUGUGACCACCUUUAUUCUUCAGCACAGUCUGAACAUGCCAGUCACAUGCCUCCCUGAAAGGAAGUCUUUGAAAAACCUUUAGAAAGUCUGGAGGACUAUUGUUGAAGACCAUUUUAAAAAAUACAGAAAAAAACUUAACAUUUUAUCUUAACUGAGACCUAAUUUAUUCUUGUGCAAUACUCACAAGGCUAUUAUAACACAAAAACAUGAAUAUUUGGAUAAAAAUGACGUAAAUGUAAAGCCGAAAUUAAAUGAUUUUGUUAAACUCUAUUACUAAUUCAUUUUGGGACUCCACAUUAUGCCAACCAAACAGUAACCUGUUUGCUACUGUUUCUUAGAAAUAUUUGUCAGUAAAGUUUACUCGCUAAACUUGAUUUAAUCAAAAAUAGAUUACAGUCAAAGAUCUUCCUCAAACACAAAACUUGCCUAGUUUUUACUUUGGCUAGCUUGGCAUCUAAUCACAGGGAUCCUCUUUUCUUUACUCUGUUUAUAUGGUUGGUGGUGUUAGCUUAUUGUUAUUAUCAAAAGUUUAACUUUUAUUAUUGGCUCAUAUAAACUAUUAGUUUAGGUCUUUUGUGCUUUUUUCCCUGCACUUUAAUCUUAGUUUUGGUUGAUGUACAUUAUUAUUAUUAUUAUUAGUGGCAGCCUCCCGAGGGUUCCUGGUUGUUCCUCCCUUUGUGUUUCCUUACUCCUGACUUGUUCAGUGUGUAUGCGGGUCUGUGUAGGUCUCUGGGGUUAUUUUUAUCUGUUUAACUGUGAAUGUUAGUAUAGCUUCCAGUCUGCCCUCCCCAAAGCCCCGACUGUGACUGAUUGUGUGUUACUCUCACCUGCAUCUCGUUCCUCACCUGUUUGUCACUUCUCAGUGUAUUUAUAGUUUGGCCUUUGUUAUAACACCUGUGUUUCCGCCCUUUGGUGCUGCUCAUUUUGCCUCGGUCCCAGUUUGAUUCCUGAUUUGUUGCUCCUCCCGUUCUGAGAGAUUCUUAUUAUUAUCUGUAAAAAUAAAUGUUCAAUGGACUGGCAAAUACAGGCUGAACAUUUGAAUGUUCUGAGUGGAAAAAAAACCCUGUAAAGAAUUUAUCUGUGGGUUUGUUUGUUUUUGUUUUUUAAUAAAUGUCAAACAGAAUUGUUUUUUAUUGUACAU